AUGUUGCGACAGGUACUCCCAAGAGCCGGGAGGGCUUUCAGAGCUCCUGCAGCUCGCCAAUUGCUUCCUUUGGCCUCGGCACAGGCUUCGAGAUGCUACAGCAUCCAGCCAAAGGCCGCUUCCACUUCGAAGCCCGUUGGCAUCGACCCUACAAAGCUUAGUAUCACAGAAACGUCCUCGCCUAGGACCCCGAGCGAUCCCAAGACGCUCGUAUUUGGCAGAGAGUUCACAGAUCACAUGCUCACGAUAGAAUGGACACAACAAGACGGUUGGCUGGAGCCCAAGAUCGCACCUUACCAGAACCUCUCGCUCGACCCGGCCACCUGUGUGUUCCACUAUGCCUUUGAGUGCUUCGAGGGCAUGAAGGCCUACAAGGACAAGUCGGGCAACGUGCGCCUCUUCCGCCCAGACAAGAACAUGGAGCGAUUCAACAAGUCCUCAGCCCGCAUCGCCCUGCCCACCUUUGAGCCCACCGCGCUCAUCGAGCUGAUUGCCAAAUUUGCCAAGCUCGAGGAGCGCUUUAUCCCCAAUGAGCGCGGCUACUCUCUCUACCUGCGCCCGACCAUGAUUGGUACCCAAAAGACUCUCGGCGUUGGCCCGCCCGGCAGCGCCCUGCUGUACGUGAUCGCCAGUCCCGUCGGCCCGUACUACCCCACCGGCUUCAAGGCCGUCUCCCUAGAGGCCACCGACUACGCCGUGCGUGCCUGGCCCGGCGGUGUCGGCGACAAGAAGCUCGGCGCCAACUACGCUCCCUGCAUCCUGCCCCAGCUCGAGGCCGCCAGCCGUGGCUUCCAGCAGAACUUGUGGCUCUUUGGCGAGGAGGAAUACGUCACCGAGGUCGGCACCAUGAACAUGUUUGUCGCCAUCAAGAACAAGGAGACGGGCCAGAAGGAGCUCCUCACCGCCCCGCUGGACGGCACCAUUCUCGAGGGUGUCACCCGUGACUCGAUCCUGGCUCUGGCCCGCGAGAAGCUGGCCCCCGAGGGCUGGAAUAUCAUUGAGCGCAAGUACACGAUGAAGGAGCUUGCCGAGGCCUCGGCCGAGGGCCGCAUGAUUGAGGCCUUUGGCGCAGGUACCGCUGCCAUUGUGAGCCCCGUCCGCAAGAUUAGCUGGAAGGGCCAACUCGUGGACUGCGGCCUCAGCGACCUCGAGGAGUCUGGCGAGAUUGCCCUGAGAAUGAAGGGCUGGAUGGAGGCUAUCCAGUACGGUGACGAGCCCGACCACCAGUGGAGCCACCCUUGCUAG